AACCUGUUUCAGUCUCGACGUGAAAGUUCACAAGAACAUGUGCUUAGUUAUGGCGGCGCCCUGUGCUGUGUGAGGAAGCGGAAUGGGGAAAAGGAAUGUUAUUAACACGACUGGCUGUUUAUAACUGAAUAAAUAACUGUAAGAAACUGGUGGGGAAAGAUGUCGCUGAAAGACGGCGGUCAAGGGCAGCCAAUGUCCAGAGCCAAGAUCAUAGAAAUGCUCUCCAAGAGGUUUGAAAAGCUCCCAGACAUCGACAGGAAGAUCUUCGCAUACGGCCCGGUUUAUUUGGGUGCUAAUGCAGGACUGGCGGGUCUGAUCGCAAACAGUUUGUAUCGGCGCGCGCUCAAUGUCACUCAAGGACGGUUUACUUCCGGUCUUCCGAUGGCCGUACUUCCUUUCCUUACAACUGUGGCAUUAUAUAAUGCAGCUGUCAGCAACCCUUUAUUGGCAGGUGACCUUAACUGUCCAACCUGUGUGCUGCUAAGGAGUGCUUUAAUAGGUGUAGUUGGUGGUGGAAUAUACCCCGUUUUGUUAGCCUUGCCAGUCAACGCUGGGCUUGCAGCGAGGUAUAACAGCACUCCAAUGCCAGAGAAGGGGAACGUACUCCGCUUCUGGACGACACUGAGCAAGCCCAUUGUAAGGAGAAUGUAUGCUGUACUUUUACUACAGACACUGUUUGGUACAUAUUUAGGCUCUAAGCACUCUGAGAUCUAUCUGAAGAUGCUUAAACUGUCAGAUUCAGAGCUUGAAGAGCUGCAUGACUAAGCUACUGUUUUACUUAUUAAAAAAAGACUUAAAAUUUCCAGGCUUGGAAACCAAAUGUCAAACUACAUUGUUCGUCUCAUUUUAUGCUUUUGAGACAAGCUAUUAAAGGCUUAUGCAAUCCGGUUGAA